AUGACCGAACCAAAUAUUCCACACUUCCAGCCUCUCACGGUCUCUGGCCAGUUCCCAGAGAGCGAUGUUCGUGGCGCUGCUGCCAGAGAGGCCGCCAGCGGCCGAGUGACCUAUUUGGACUGGGAGGAACAGCAACGUCUGGAACAGGAGGAACAACAGCUUCGGAAUGAGCUGGAUGCUCUGAAAAGCGAGGUCCAGGUCAAGCGUCAACUACGACGCUACAUGCGCAUCUUCGACGCCGCUACAGCAGGCGACCGGAUGAUCACCGACGUGGCCGAGAAGGCCCGUCGCUGCAGGCAAAGCUUCGACAUCGUAGGCUUGAUGAUCAAAGUCUGCAGUGUUACAGACUUUGUCGUGAAGGAAAUCCAGAAUGAGCGGUAUGCUCCCACGCCGGUGGCAUCUCCAUUAACCGAGGCGGCCUCGAUCCCAGGGUCACCAUCACGAAUCGAACAGACGCCGAUAUCCUCGCACGCAGCAACCUAUGGCAGCAGCCCCAGCCCUGGCAGCAGGGGCUCCCCUCAACCGGCCGAGUCGAUUCAUAUCGUCUCUACUGAGCCUGUUGCAGAAAUGACAAAGCCGGCCACAUCUGGCCCGAUCGUCACUCGAUACGGCAGGAUUAUUAGGGCUCCAAAAAGGCUUUAA